AUGGCUAGUCACGAUACUCGUAAAAUAUCGAUUACAGGAAAAAUUACAUUGGCUUCUGUUGUACUGCAAGCUAUUGUAGUAACAGUAUUAGAAUGUUUUGUUAUAUAUUAUCAUGUAACUUGUGUGUCUUUGUUUGAACUUGAUAAUCAAGGGGAAGGUAUAUCAGAAGCUGAUCUGAUAUAUCAUGCUAUUUUCAUCCUUGCAUUAUGUUAUCAAGUAGUAUUAGCAGUUGAUUCUAUAGUAAAUAAUGUUGGAUUAAAUGAUGCGAAAUUUAAAUAUAGUGAUACUGAAAAUUAUCCUGAUUCCCAAUAUGCUAUAAAUUAUUUUCGAUCUAAAAUGAGACCAUUGGAAUAUAUAAUCAUUGGAAUUGUAGCAGGAUUUUCUUUAUAUUUGGCAUUGGUUUCUUUCAAACUAUCGAUAGCAGAUACUCGAAUUCGUAAAGCGUACAUAUUACUCUCAAUUUUACAAACUUUAAUAAAAAUGGAUGUUUUCUUUGUUGGAGCAUAUGCAAUUCAACUUAUUCCAUCUCAAAAAAUCGGUUAUUCAACGUCAAUUCUGGAAACCGUUAUAUUAUUCAUUUGCGGAACUUUAUUAUUAUUGAUGGCUUGGUUUUCGAUAUCACAUGAGUUAAAAUUCGUUUUACUCGUCGUGAUUAAUUGUUUAUGUUUUUCAUUAAUUUAUUUUGUAUGGAAAUUGGUAAAAGUUAAUAUGAAACCAAAAGAAGGAGUAGAUCCUUAUCAAUUUACUCGAAAAUUUUUAACCUUCUUCUUAUCUGUAACCUUAUUUUUGGUAAUACUUACCAUCAUAUACGCAAGUCUUUGCUUUAGAAAUAUGAUUCUAAGAAUAUUCGAAAGUAAGAAAGAUUCUCAAAACAGACAAAGUAUGAUUGAUUCUCAUAUAAGAGAUCGAAGGGAAUCAAGAUUAUCUUUAGAUUAA